AAUAUCAUCAAAGGCAGCCCCUUUGGGAGGCUUGGUGAGACCAGAGACAUUGCUUCUGUUGUGGGGUUCUUAGCUUCUGAUACUGUCUCGUAGCAUAAACCUCUGCCAUUGUCGGAUACCUAUGGCCGCACCAUCGUCGUCGCUUCCCCUCGCCGGCAGAGUCGCCAUAGUCACCGGCUCAUCUCGGGGGAUCGGCCGCGCCAUUGCCAUCCAUCUGGCUGAGCUUGGUGCAAGGAUUGUCGUCAACUACGCCUCUAAAUCCAUCGAAGCCGACCAGGUCGCGGCGGAGAUCAACAAUCUUCCGGCAGCCUCGGAGGUCUCCGGGAACGGGUCACGAGCCAUCGUCGUGCAGGCCGACGUCUCGCAGCCGAGCCAGGUGAAAUCGCUGUUCGACUCGGCGGAGAGCGGUUUCGAGUCGCCGGUUUACAUCCUGGUCAACUCGGCGGGAAUCCUCGAUCCCAAAUACCCUACCAUCGCCGAUACAUCCGUCGAAGAUUUUGAUCGCAUCUUCAGUGUCAAUACUAGAGGUGCGUUCCUGUGCUGCAAGGAAGCUGCCAACAGGCUAAAGCGUGGAGGUGGUGGGCGGAUUAUCAUCCUGACAUCUUCCCUGACACGAUCCUUAAAGCCGGGAUUUGGUGCUUAUGUAGCAUCGAAGGCAGCCGUGGAAGCUAUGGUCAAGAUUCUAGCGAAAGAGCUCAAAGGAACUGGAAUCACAGCGAACUGCAUUGCUCCAGGACCCGUUGCCACCGACAUGUUCUUCGAAGGGAAGAGCGAGGAGACGGUGAAGACGAUAAUCGCAGAGAAUCCCUUUGAGAGGCUGGGCGAGACCAAAGACCUUGCACCAGUGGUAGGGUUCUUGGCUUCUGACGCAGGUGAAUGGAUCAAUGGCCAAGUCAUUCCCGUUAAUGGUGGUUACGUGUAAAAGGUUGGUGAUUGGUUCUUUUAACUUUCUUUUCUUUCUAUCCAACCCAGAAUCUCUAUGUUUAUGUUCUUCACAAGAGAAUGUGGUGAGAAUGGAUUUCUGUGUUCCUAAGUUAGUAGCCUAAUGAUUCCGAGAUGUUCUAUCAAAUCUUGUUGUUGGAAGUUUAGCUUAUAGAUAUAUGUUACAAGAAUCAUGAAGCAGCGAUUCGACUUUGCUGAUAAUUCAAGAGAUCAUUAUUCAUUA